AUGUCUUUCCUCCGGCUCCUACCCACCAACUCCCAGCUGCAGUUUGAGUAUCAGGUGCAGCCUGAGGAAGCAGAGGGGGGUUACGUGCUCUACCCUCAGAUCGGGGACCGGCUUGACCUUCUCUGCCCCCGGGCCCGGCCUCCUGGCCCCCACUCCUCUCCUAAUUACGAGUUCUACAAGUUGUACCUGGUAGGGGGUGCCCAGGGCCGGCGCUGCGAGGCCCCCCCUGCCCCAAACCUGCUUCUCACUUGUGACCGGCCGGACCUGGAUCUCCGCUUCACCAUCAAGUUCCAGGAGUACAGCCCUAACCUCUGGGGCCACGAGUUUCGCUCACACCACGAUUACUACAUCAUUGCCACGUCGGAUGGGACCCGGGAAGGCCUGGAGAGCUUGCAGGGAGGUGUAUGCGUCACUCGGGGCAUGAAGGUGCUUCUCCGAGUAGGACAGAGCCCCCGAGGAGGGGCUGCCCCCAGAAAGCCUGUGUCUGAGAUGCCCAUGGAGAGAGACCGGGGGGCAGCUCACAGCCUGGAGCCCGGGAAGGAGAACAUGCCAGAAGCCCAGGCAUCAGCUCCCUGCAGCCCCAGUGCUGGCGGUGAGACUGAGCAGCCUUGGGGGGCGGCAGCUGCGGUGGACGGGCAGAACGAGAUCUGUCAGAUCUCCGAGGCCUCCUUCCAGCUUCUGGCGCCGCAGGCGCUCCGAGACCCCAAUCCGAGCUCAGACGAGGGAAACCAGCGGGAGGGCAGGGGUGCUCCAGCCCCGGUUUUUCCCCCGGACCCAGCUGCAGCCGCGGCUGCCUCGAAAUCCUGGAGCGCCUUCUAG